UGCUGUCAAUUCGAUGUGCCGCUUGGAUGCAUUUCACGUGUGGAAAAAGUUGGUUAUUCAACCGUAAGCCGUGGCGAGGACUCGUAUGGCUUGGAAAUCACAUGCAAACCUUUCUUUGCUGUUUUCUACAAGCCGGAAUGGACGAUUGAUGGCUGGAAUAUCUUUGAUACGAUACGUGAAUUCAAUCGAAUGCAUGUACCGAACGAAACAUGGCGAAUCACGAGGAUUAAUGAUCGAUAUGAUUUUGCUGAUACUUAUCCUGCUAUGCUUGCUGUACCAGCAACAGCUAUUGUGGAGGGUGAGGAUUUCUUGCAAAAAGUUGGCGAAUUCCGAAGCAAACAGAGAAUACCGGUUUUAUCAUGGUUGCAUCCAAUUACGCAGGCUUCGAUAACGCGAUCAUCACAACCGAUGGUUGGUGUUACCUCACGAAAAUCAGCCGAAGAUGAACGGUACUGUUCAGCUUCAUAA